UCUUGCUCUUUGUGAUUAUACCAAUGGCCGAGAAGAUGAAGUCGAACAACCUCUGCUAAGGACGACGGCUUCUAUCGUCGACGGCGAGGAUCUCAAGCAACAGAUCGAACAUGUGUUUAAAAAAUUACGCAGGUGGCAAUCUGGGCCUUUGCUGGUUCAAUUUUGGACAUCCAAAAUAUCGAACGGCCGCGAUCGUGACAUUAACUUGCAUGGAAAGUGUGAAGAAGACGCCUCGCUUCCCGGCAGUGUAUUCUAUAGCCAAAAGCCGUCGGUUUGGUCUGCGAAUUCUUUAGCAUCUUUCUGUUUGCCUGUAAAUUUGCUUGGGUAUGAACCACCUUCCUAUCCUAUUCGCCCAAAAAGAAAACUUUCAUAUCAGAAUUGUGUUGGUAUACUUGAAAUAGUAUCCAACACCGAAGAGCUAUGUCUACAAUUUUUCAAGGAAGCUCAUGUUUGUGACCUCUUUCAGAAGGAAGGUCUGAUAUGUUCAGAUGUAAGACUUGAACCCUUGGGCAUGAAAAAGGAAGGUCUGAUUUGUUCAGAUGUAGGACUUGAACACUUGGGCAAGCAACUCGAUGUCUCAACUACAGGAAGUGAGGCUCCCUCCAAUUUUUCAGUGGAUCACACAUGGCAAUUUACAACUGAACAGGUUUUCAAUAGCAAAUAUGAAUUGCUCAAUUGGGUACAUGAUGUUGCCAAGAAUAAUGGUUUUGGCAUUGCUACUAAGUCAUCGGCCUAUGGUGGGAGACCAAGGAUUUAUCUUGGUUGUACGGGUGGCCAAUAUCAAGCAACCAAAAUGAUAACCAGUACAAAGAAGUGCAGAUGCCCUUUUACUAUCAAGGCAUUGGAGACGAAUGAAAAAUGGUCAUUGAAAGUAAUCAAAGGAUCGCAUACCCAUCCACUUGCAAAGCAUCACGAAGGAUAAUUCAUAUGCAGCGAGAUUUUCAAAUAAUGAGAAAUCAUUGUUAAUAGAUAUGUUGUUGUCAUGAUGGAAUGUUUGCUUGAUAUGAGUUUUAUGUUUGCUAGAUGUUAUGUUGUUUAAGUUAAUGGUUGAACAAUUGGCAUGUUUGUAUUUUGAAAAAUUAUAGCAAAUUAAUGCUGAAUAAUAUGUUUGCUUAUUGUUAUGUUUUUGUUUAAUUGGUAAAUAUUAUGAGAGUAGUUUGUUUGAUGGAUAUGCUAUUAUUAUUUUUUAAAUUUAUGAUAGGUUGAAUUUUUUUGAAAAUUUAUAUAAUUUUUCUUGUGAACAGAUUAUGUGAAACCGUGGUUCCGAACCGAACCAUGUUUAAAUGGUUUGAUUUGGUUUGUAUUGGUUCUAUGAUUUUAAUGAUUUGGUUUAGUUCCAAUUUUUAUAGAACAUUGAUUAGUUUUGAUUUUAUCUCAAACUGAUCCAAAUUGAAAUAAAACUAGACCAUACACACUCCUAGUCAGACUAGUUACGUUAAAAAAUAGGUAUGCCUUAAUUGAGCCAGAUGUUAAGCCCAAUACAUGCAAUCAGGGACACAAGAUGAUCAAUAACUCUACCCAUCGUAACCCGUAUGCAUUUGAGUUGGUUGAAUUUGGACAUGAUAGUUACUCAUCAAGAAUACUCGAUUGACGAAAUUACCUUCUGUCCAAGCAAGGAAGAAGUGACGUGUGAAGGGGAUGAUAAUUAAUAGAUUAGGUAAAUCUAGUGCAUAUGUUGAUGCUCUCCCUAUUGGUUUGAAAGCAUACAUGAAGUAUAUCAAAGAUGUAAAUGCGAUAGUAAUUGAUUAACUCUUCAAUUUCGAAUACUCCUUUUAUUUGUCUGUCCACAUGCUAGUUAAUAAUAAAAACUAUAUUAUUUAUUUAGUCUCACCAGAGUGUAUUACAUUUUUGUUCUUCACAUUUAUUAUAUUAUACCUUUUCCUUUGGUUGGUUUUGUGAUUGCUGUUUCAACAAGCUCAUGAAAGCAAAAAUUGUGUCCUCUUGGUCCAUUCAGUCAUUUCAGUAAGUGAAUUGUUUUGGAGUACUAAAAAAGGAAGAAACUCAAAAUGCUUAAACCUUGGAUCUUGCUAUCAGUAAAGAUGGAGAAGAUUUCUUGCGACGUUAAACUUCUUUUUCCUGGAAAUGCUAUCUGACACAUUUGUACCUAUGUUGUUGCAAUCAGAUGCAUCUUAUUCUAAAUAGUUUAUCCAUGCAUUUUUGCAGCCCAAUAAUGUUGCAACUUUGUCAUUUCUUUUGCAUGAGAUAGUAGCAACUAAAGUUGAUUUGUCACACCCGAUGUGCACUUGGAUUUUAGAGUUGGUUUUCACAAUUGGCUAAAUCAUUGAACGACACAAGUUUUAAUUUGUAAAAACAGUUGGAAGGACAAGGGAUAAAUUUUGAUGUACUAUUUGAAAUCUAUUUGUGUUCGAAAACUAAACCAAGAUAAUUUUAUGAUGUAUCAUGAUGAAAUAUUUUCAGAUAGUAAAAUAUUAGGGCUUACUCAAAGAGCAUACAUGAAUGAACAAACAAAAAACCUCAACCACAAAUAAGUGGGCAAUUACACAACAAAAGGUUAAAAGCAAUCGAAAAAAUACAUAUAUAUUUCAGCCAUAGAAAAUAAUGUUUCACAUUCUAUUCCUAGUUCAAUUAUUGAUCCUUAUUAGUUGUACUCAUCUACAGUUAGUUAUGAAGAGGGCAUGCUCAGUAUCAAAAUGAGAGAAUGGAAUAAGAACAAACUAUGUGGGAUACCAGGCUUGGGGCUUUUAGAUUUUCUGGAAAAUUAAUUCCAAAAUAUAUUUCUUCAUCCACUAUUAAUAAUUCUCUCUUUAAUUCAUAACAUAUUAGUCUUUGUUAUACUGACAUUACAUUACUUGUUUCUAAACCUCUUGACUCUAGGUAUUAAUUUUUGCAUCAAACAUGCAAGGUUAGGUUUCACAUUUAAAUAUCUAAAACUAUUUUUCUUUUGAUAUAGAUAUGAAUAUGAUAGCAAUGGAGGGGAUGAGGAGAAAGCUACUUGUCUAGUAGCUACUUCACGCAGAUCAGUGUGCUUACAGACAGACAGAAAUGCCCGAAUCUUUUGGGAUAGCAUUUACUCACUUUGCACUAUUUUCUUUUUUGUUUUUUUCUUAAAUUUUUUCUGAAUUUUCCCUUUUUCCUUAAUAGUGAACUAUGUUUUUUUUACUUGAUGACUUGCAUCUCUAUGUGAGGUGACAAUCCUUUUGGUCGUAAACUAUAAUAGAAUAACCCGUAAGAAGGAUUUGCCAAAGUACAUUUGAUUUGAUCAAAGGUAAGAGUGGCCCUUUGGGUUAAGGUUAAUUUGGAGAUCAUGAACAACUUGUUUUAUGAUGCUACUGUGCUUUUGGGAUGCAGUUGAGAAGUUGUCUUCUUGUUUUUUUUUUUUUGUUGUCUUCUUUUUUUUUUUUUUUUUUUUUCUUUAUUUAUAAUUUAAUUAAUUUAUUUUGUUUUAUGCUGUUGGACUUAGUGCUCCACAUAUUUAGGUUGCUAUGUGCUCACUUCAAGUAGGAUGACUUGCUAAUGGAAAAGGUUUUCUCAUGCAUAGAGGAACAGAUGGUCGCUUGAGUGAAGAGUUUGUUGGUAGAUGAUGUUGCGACUUUCGGAUUUAUCUAUUUGUGGAAUGUUAAAAUGGAGUUUAAUUUUAGGUUGGGGUUCACUUUGUUUUCUUGUAAUGUUUAUGCUGUUGUUUGUCAGUUGGCCUGGGCCAAUCAUGUUUUUCUCCAUUUGGAUUUAAUGCUUAAUAGAAGUGUUCUUUUCACCUUCAUUCUGUAAAAUGUUAUUAUUACCUUAGUGCCCCCCCCCAGGAAAAAAAAUAUCAUGAAAAUGAACUACUUACAAUUGCCAAGGCUAAUUCUAAUUUCAAGUUCAAAUAAUUGGUUGAAAUCUAUCUACGACUUGAUGAUUAUGCACUGACUUGGACCAUGGGCAUGGGCAUUGUGCAACGCACAACUCCCUGUAACUAGUAUAUAUAAACUGAUGUUGAUAACAGUUUUAUGGCAACGUCCUUCAACUGCUUUGUCUUGUAAAGAAAUAGGAGAACAAGGUUGGAUACUAAACUAAUUGACCAUCAAUUAGAGGGUGUGCGGAGGUAUCCUAUCAUUUUGAUCACACAUCAUAUGAAGCGAACUUUGAAGGGUCUAUGAAAAUACUCGGCGACAAACUCAGCAUGAAAUUGAAUUCCUAACCAGACCAAACUCAGACCUUUUGCAUUUGCUUUGAUUCUAUAUGUUACUAUUUUCCUUAGCAUAAAUGAUGAGACUAUCUUAGCAGCAGAUAAAGCAGCUCAAGCUGCUGAGCUCAAAGCAGCAGCUCCAACAGCUCCAACAGCAGCCUAUGCUUCAUCAGCUGCAGCUCCAGUUCAGCUCACAGCAGUUAGAGUUUGUUAGGAUUGAUUAGUUAGAAGUUUGUUACAUUGAUUUGUUUUUACUCACUUGUAUAAAUAUCUACUGUAUCUGAUCAUAAUGAAUAAGAGAGGAAAAGUUUCAAUUGUUCAUCAUGGUAUUAGAGCUAGCUUAAAGCUCCUACGAGCAUAGUUCGAUCCACAUAUGGCUGCUUCACCAUCCUCUUCUUCUUUACCUGCUAAUCUCAAUAUCUUGAUUUCCAAUUUGAAUUUAUUCAUCACUGUUAAACUCGAUUCUAUUAAUUUCCUGAUAUGGCGAAGUCAAUUUCAGAAUAUUUUACGAGCUACUGAUCUGUUAGAUUUUGCAACUGAAUCAGUUCCAUGUCCUCCAUUGAUGAUCACAGAUUCUACUGGUCUUGAAGCUUGAAUCCAGAUCGAGCAAAUUGGAACAAGAUUGAUGCUCAUCUGCUCAGUUGUAUAACUGCUACGCUUACACCUACAAUUUUUUCAUCAGUUCUUCAUCUGCAACACAGCUUCGAGAAUCUAAACAGAAGAGAAUGCAAUCACAUGACAAUACAGUUGCCUAUGUAUCCAUGAGAGAUUCCACUGGUGGAUCUUCUUCUUCCAGAGGCCGAUCCUCUUUUCGAAGUCAAAUAGGAGGAUUUCGAGGUACUUUUCGUGGUGGUGGAAGACAAUCCUCUCGAGGCAGAGGCAGAAUCUAUUCCUCACCUACUAUAAUUUGUCAGAUUUGUGGCAAAGGCAACCACACGGCUCUUGAAUGUUGGCACAGACUGGACGCCAAUUUUCAUCAGUCUUUGCAACCAAAUUCUUCUUCUUCUCAGUCAUCUCAGGUCACCUCUUCUGGUUAUACUCAACCAAGAGCUUAUGUUGCCUCUGCUCCUCCUUCUUCUUCCUCUGAGGCUGCUCCCUGGUAUCUUGAUUCUGCUGCCUCUGAUCACAUUACUCAUGAUCUUUCCAAUCUGAACUUGUCUCAGUCCUAUACUGGUCCUGAUCAAAUCACAAUUGGCAACGGUACUUCUAUUCCUAUUCACCACACAGGUAAAGGUCUUCUUCCUACGCCUCAUUUUUCUUUUAAACUCAAUAAACUUCUACAUGCUCCUAUCUCCUCUAAUCUUCUCUCUGUUCAUCAACUCACAAAGGAUAAGAAUUGCACUAUAACUUUUGAUGAUUCUUCCUUUGUGGUUCAGGACAAGAACACCAAGGCCAUUUUGCACAAGGGCUAUAAUGCUAGUGGCCUGUAUCACUUUCCAUAUCUGUUGUCUUCUUCUUCUCAUCCUGCUGCUAUGCAUGCUUCUCAUUCAUCAUCUACUGCAUUUUUGACAACAGCCUCUGCAUGUGCUUCUGAAAAUAUUUGGCACCAGCGAUUGGGCCAUCCAUCUCAGUUGAAGUUUACUGCUUUAAAGAAACACUUGUCUUUUCCUUUCAAUAAAACAAAGGCUAUUACUUCUCUUGUACACAUUGUAGUGUGGCUAAGAGUCACAGACUCCCCUUUAAGCUGUCAAAUUCUACUGUGAAUAAACCUUUCUCUUUAGUUCAUAGUGAUGUAUGGGGUCCAUUUCAUUCUACUACUUCUGAAUACAAGUAUUAUGUGCUUUUCAUUGAUGAUUAUAGUAGGUUUACUUGGCUUUAUCCUUUGUGUUAUAAGAGUGAAGUUUUCUCCAAAUUUGUACACACAGUUUUCUACUAAACUUCAAGUGUUAAGGACUGAUGGUGGCACUGAAUUUGUGAACUCAUCCAUGACUAAUUUUUUUGAAAGCUCAAGGUAUUUUGCAUCAACUCUCUUGUCCAUAUACUCCACCUCAAAAUAGUGUCUCUGAACGCAAACACAGACACAUUGUUGAAACAACCAUUGCUUUGCUUCAUCAUUCUUCUGUUCCAACUAAAUUCUGGUUUGAUGCAGUGGCUACUGCUAUUCACCUUAUCAAUCGAAUGCCCGGUGCCAAAUUGUCUCACAAUUUCACAAAUCACCCUUUGAACUUCUCUAUCAUGUCUGACCUGAUUACUCCUUUUUGAAGGUUUUUGGAUGCCAAUGUUCUCCUUGGUUAAGACCUUAUACUCAUACUAAAUUGCAGCCUCCUCUUUAUGUGUUUUCCUUGGCUAUCACUCUUCUUAUAAAGGUUAUAGAUGUUUGGAUAUGGCCACUGGCCAAGUCUAUAUUUCUAGACAUGUGGAGUCUCAUGAAGAUGUUUUUCCGUUCUCUGCUCAUCCUUCUGCUCUUCCUCAGUCUUUAUCACAGCUUCACUCUUUCUUUUGGCCUACAUCUGCUACUGAUCAGUCUCCGUCCAGGUCCUCUUUGUCUGCUGCUCAGUUCUGUCCAGCAGCAGCUUCUCUGCUUUCUUCCUCUACAGAUCCUCAAGUCUGUUCUUCUGCACCCCUUUUUGAUACUCCCUCUGCAGUUCCUCAGGUCUGUUCUCCUGCACAGCCUAUUGCAGCUUCACAGCCUAUUUUAGCCACCUCUGCUUCACAGCCUGCACAGACUAUUGCAGUUUCACAGCCUACUGUCUCUCUAUCUAGCACUGAAGCUGAGUAUCGCUCUCUUGCUCAUGCUACUGCUGAACUCAGUUGGUUACAAAUGUUACUUCAUGAUCUUUUUAUUGCUCCUGUCACUGCUCCUGUCCUUUUGUGUGACAACUUAUCUGCAAUUGCUUUAGCAUCCAAUCCUGUAUUUUACACUCGAUCCAAACACAUUGAAGUUGAUUGUCAUUUCAUCCGGGAAAAAAUUGCCUCCAAGAAGCUCCUUCUUCAAUAUAUCCCUUCUGCUGAACAAAUUGCAGAUGUCUUCACCAAACCUGUGUCUGCUGCUCGGUUUCAAUAUCUUCAGUCGAAGCUGCUGGUCCACUCUCCUCCCAUCAGCUUGCAGGGGGAUGAUAAGACUAUCUUAGCAGUAGAUAAAGCAGCUCAAGCUGCUGAGCUCAAAGCAGCGGCUCAAGCAGCUCCAACAGCAGCCUAUGCUUCAUCAGCUGCAGCUCCAGUUCAGCUCAUAGCAGUUAGAGUUUGUUAGGAUUGAUUAGUUAGAAGUUUGUUACAUUGAUUUGUUUUUACUCACUUGUAUAAAUAUCUACUGUAUCUGAUCAUAAUGAAUAAGAGAGGAAAAGUUUCAAUUGUUCAUCAAUAAACAAUAUGUACUUGGUAAUCUUAAGAGUCUUUGUACAGCUGAAGUUUUAACCAAUCUGCUUAUUGGCAUAUCAUUACAUGUUUCUCUUUGUAUAUCGUCGUAGCAAAUUAUGAUCUCAAAUGCUUGCUGGAGAUCUCUCUCUUAUUUGUUAUGAGUGAUGAUUGCUAGAGUUGCUGAAUAUUAUUUAAGCAUUUUUCUUAUGAAUUUAUUGUUAGUUUGAUAAUUAAAUUAGUGACCCACCCAUUUUGGGUCAAGACAAUCCGGAUGUUCAUCAGGUCUUUUCAACGAUUUCUGAAGGACUGGGGCUUUGCCAGCAACAUGACAGUGAGUUAGCGCCGUCGGUGGAGGAGCUCGAGCAUUGCAAGGACGCUGGGAGGCCGUCGGCUGGUGCUCAGCAUCCUGAGUAUUCUCAUGAUGGGGAAUGUUUAUUGGGUCAUGAGAGUCCGACGUUGGAGGAGCAGCAUCGGACUCUGUCGGGAUCUAGGGGAAAUCGCAUGGAGGUGUGGUCAGCAGACGAAACUUGGUGGGCCAAUAUGGCAGACGAGUUGGCGAUGGUGAUUUGGCUGACGGAAGAGGGUACUGAGACAGACAUGUUGAUUGCUGCGGAAGAGGGACGAGAGUCGGAGGUAGAGAAUGUGUUUCUGGGGGAUGAUCCUCCUUAUGCUGAGGAGGUUUCGGCUUGGGUGUUGGAUCAAAUCAAUGAG